AUGGGUCGUUCAAACGAAGCCACCGGCGCCCCGGAGAUUGUUUCCGGAGACCCAAUUCCUGGCAGUGUCGACGAGAAGGGCCCCGAGUUCUUUGACGAGAAGCCAGCCCCCGAUGAAAUCGACCCCAACACCGGCGGCCUUGCCGGUGUCGAAAAGAUCGAGGCACUGACGCAAACAUGGACUAAACCCUGGCUCAUCGCCGCUUACAUCUUGAUCUGGGUCGUGUUCUUCGUCGAUUCUCUUCAACAGCAGAUCUCGAGCUCUCUGGUUCCCUAUGUUGUCAGUGACUUCGGCUUUCACGGCCUUAUGGCAGCAACGGGCAUCAUCUCGAACAUCGUCGGCGGUGUCAGCAAGUUGCCGCUCGCUCGUGUUCUUGAUGUCAUCGGCCGGACUACCGGCCUUUGCAUCAUGCUGUCGUUCGUCGUCAUCUCUUUAAUCUUGAUGGCUGUUUGCCAGAACGUCGAGACCUACGCCGCGGCGCAAACGUUCUUUUGGACCGGUAUGAACGGCGUUGGUUACGUUCUCAAUAUCUUCAUGGCCGAUACCUCGACUCUCAAGAACCGCAUGAUUCUGUUCGGCUUCACGUCGACUCCUUACAUUUCGAAUACUUUUGCCGGGCCUGCUGCCGCCCAGGCUUUCUUAGAAGGUAGCACAUGGAGAUGGGGAUACGGCGCCUUCACCAUCAUCAUCCCAGCCAUGGUCGCGCCCCUGAUCAUUAUCUUCACUGUUCAGAUGAACCGUGCGGUGAAGAAGGGUCUCUACGUGAAGAAGCGCGAGAACCGCACGUUCUGGGACUCGGUCAAAUAUUGGGUCAUUGAGCUUGAUGUCGCUGGCAUGCUCCUUGUCGUUGCCGGCUUCUCACUGCUCCUGUUGCCUUUCAGCUUGGCCGGAUAUCAGGCCCACCAGUGGCGCGAGCCCAAAAUCAUCGCCAUGAUUGUUUUGGGCGGACUCCUCUUGGUUGCCUUCCCCUUCUACGAGAAGCACAUUGCGCCCAAGUCGUUCGUCCCUUUCGAGCUUUUCAAGAACAGAACUGUCCUCGUCGCCUGUCUCCUUGGGGGCAACAUGUGGAUCAGCUUCUAUUGCUACAAGGUCCAAUUCUCGUCGUACCUGCAGGUUGUGUACAACCUCAGCGUUUCUCGAGCCGGUUUUAUCACCAAUAUCUACAACAUUGUGUCGUGCGCCUGGGCCAUUCCCGUCGGGCUUCUUAUGCGAUACACCGACCGGUACAAAUGGCUCGGCUUGGCCGCGGUCCCCGUCCAGAUCCUCUCGACCGGUUUGAUGAUCAAGUUCCGCAUGCCCGACACCAGCGUUGGUCUAGUCAUCAUGUGUGAAGUUUUGGGGGCGCUGGCUGGUGGCACCCUUGUCAUGGUUGAGCAAAUUGCUGUCAUGGCCUCUGUACCUCACCGCGACGUCGCCAUUGGCUUCGCCCUUCUUUCUAUGAUUACUAGCGUCGGUGGUGCCAUUGGAUCAUCCAUCAGUGGCGCCAUCUGGACGAACCUGAUGCCAUCCAAGCUGGCCAAAUACCUCCCCGACGAGCUCAAGGGCGAGGCUCUUCUCAUCUACGGCGAUCUUAACAGACAGCUUAGCUACGCGUGGGGAACCCCGGAGAGAGAUGCAAUUGUACUCGCAUACGGCGAGACGCAGAAGAUCAUGAUCAUCGCGUCACUGGUGGCACUGGCCGGGCCGAUUGUCUGGGUUUCGUUGAUGAAGAACCACAAGUUGAGUGAAAAGACGCAGACAAAGGGUGUCUUGUUCUGA